CUCGUGUCGCGGAAGAUGAUGACAAAACGCCGGCGGAUUGGCCGGGGCAGGGCGGGGCGCGCCGGUACCUUCCAGGGGGCGGGGCUAGAGGCGGGGCGGGCCGCGGGCGGCUCGGCGGACACGCCCCCUCGCCCGAGGCCCCCUCCGCGCCUCUUUCCACCGCCUCCUUGCUCUCCGCGGUCAGAGAGGGCCGAAGCGAGAAGAUGGCGAAGACGUACGAUUAUCUGUUCAAACUGCUGCUCAUCGGCGACUCCGGCGUCGGCAAAACCUGCCUCCUGUUCCGCUUCUCAGAGGACGCCUUCAACACCACCUUCAUCUCCACCAUCGGGAAUUAUGCUGGUCUAUGACAUCACCAAUGAAAAAUCCUUUGACAAUAUUAAAAACUGGAUAAGAAACAUUGAAGAGCAUGCCUCUUCAGACGUUGAAAGAAUGAUCCUGGGUAACAAAUGUGAUAUGAAUGACAAAAGACAAGUGUCAAAAGAAAGAGGGGAGAAGUUAGCAAUUGACUAUGGGAUUAAAUUUUUGGAGACAAGUGCAAAAUCCAGCACAAAUGUAGAAGAGGCAUUUUUUACACUUGCACGGGAUAUAAUGACAAAACUCAACAGAAAAAUGAAUGACAGCAAUUCAUCAGGAGCAGGCGGGCCAGUGAAAAUAACAGAAAACCGGUCUAAGAAGACAAGUUUCUUCCGUUGUUCAUUGCUUUGAUGAACUCUUCAUUUCUGAGAGACUGCAGUAUACCUAGAGGGCCCUUCCCUGCUUCUCUGAAAGCACAGGUUACCCAGCCUCAGAGUCACCUCGCCCGACUGCUGCGGAGAGCACCAUGGAAUUCUAGACCUCUCAACACAGAACACCAAGUGGAUUCCAGCCUCAUGGCCUAGCAAAAGAGCAGGCUCCUUUCUUCAAACAUGGAAGCUAUUACGUGGAGACACUUGCAGGAUCUAACUGGUUUUUCCUUGUUUUACUGCCUGUCCUGGAAGCUGCUAUCUUUCUUUGCACAUGAGUGUCAGUCUUUCUGUGGUACAGCAUAAUCUUAGACUCCUAACUGAGCACUUUAGUGGCAUGAAGUUCUAGACUUACAUAUUUGGGAAUAUUUAAAGACAGCAGAACAGUAAACAGAGCAACCUCUAAAAUUAAAGGAAGGUUGGCCUGGGUCAUAUGGCCAGAAGUUCUUCUAUUGGUAGCAUUUAUUAAAGGACUUUGAUUUACAGUGUUCUUACAAAUCAUUAAAUUCUGAUUAACUUUUAAAAUUCAUAAAAUACCCAUCUAUUCACAGAGGCCACAUCAUUUUCAUCUUUUCAGGUGGUUAUCAAUUUUGCUCAUCCCUGAGUAGCUGUAUUCUUAAGUUGGCUGCCACUGGCUCCUCUGAAACAGCGUGUAGAAAGCACUGUAGUCUCACUGUUUCUGAGGGUCGUAUUUGCUGUCCCUUUUCCUGCCUGACUUCUUGUCAUUAUUUACUAAUCUAAAACCAAUAAUCUAUGUAAGAACUCUUGUGUCUGUUUGUGAACUUCAUGCAUUGGGAUUUCACAUAGGGAGAGAAAUGGUCAUUAGGGCUUUGUUUUCACACCAGAAUAUGUAAAUAUUCUUUCUUAAUUUUACCCAUUAGCUUGUCUUACCCAUUUUUUAACCAUAGUCCCCAUCUGUGAGAGAGUUAACAAAGGUUAGAUUUAGAUUUCAGUUUGCAUAAAACAUACCUAUAUGGAGAGAAAUUAGACAUGUUGCUAUAAGAUAGUUGUUAGCAAUGUUGAAAAGGAUGACUUUUGGUUCUAUUUGGUGUUUAAAAAUAUAUAUAAAAGUUAUUAGACCUAACACAUCCUCCAGAAAUCUUUUCAUUAGAGCACAUACGAUCCAGGUUUCAGCUUUCAAACAGCCAUUGCUGAAUGUAUAGGACCCAGCCCUUUGCAUUUAGGUUUGUAGUUAGAGAUGUGGUGUGGCUGUCUAGGCCAGAGCCAACCGAAAGCUUUGCUGCCUUCUCACCAAAUGCUGGUUCUGAUGUUUCUUUUGUAGAUAAAACACACUAGAGGGGGUAGGAGGUGUUUAGUGUUAAAUUACAUGCCAAAUACAGAUCAUAAUAUCACUGCUGUUGUUGUAGCCUUCAGUGUCCUGACAUAGAGGGCCUAGAAACAGGUGACAAGGGAAAGGAACUGGUAGCAGUCACUCCCCCUGUUCUUGUGCUGUUCAUUAAGACCUGGAGGUGGAGAUGGACAUGGAUAUUUGGUUACAUGGGGGAUUCUGCUUCAGUACUUGGACCAGUCAGGCCUUCCCAUCUGUGGGAAGACUCAGAAGCAUUCCAGUGGCUGCAAGCAUACCAGAGUUAUUUUUGGUGGAUACGCUGACUUUACUGUGGACAAACUUUAGCCUUUUCUUCUUUUUCCCUAGUUACCUAUCAGCUUAAAGUCACAUAUUACUGUCCAGAUGUAAGUAGUUCUCUCAGUGAGAAUUGAUUGUAAGUCUAACAUCUUCAAAUUAAAUACAUUCAAAUUAAAGACGA